UGAUGGAGGCAACGGCCCGCCACACCCGCGGCCGUUCUAGCGCCCGCGGUGCUCUCCGGAUCUGACAUUUGUCCGUGAGGCAGCAGUGCCUUGGCGUCAGGGUUGUCGCGUCGGAGAUAAAGUCGGAGGAGGUGAACGAAUCUCUAGAACGCCCCUGUAAGAUGACGAGAAGGGCAGGAGCGAGUGGGGUCAAUCGAUAGCGCAGCGCUCGGCGCGAUGCCCUUUGUGCGUGCGCAGUGAAGCUGGCAGGGAAAUUAUCUUCCUCUUCUCCAAGAUGUACAGAACCAAAGUGGGCUUGAAGGAUCGCCAGCAGCUCUACAAGCUGAUCAUUAGCCAGCUGCUCUAUGACGGCUACAUCAGCAUUGCUAAUGGCCUCAUCAAUGAAAUCAAGCCUCAGUCUGUCUGUGCACCCUCGGAGCAGCUCCUGCACCUCAUCAAACUAGGAAUGGAAAACGAUGAUACUGCAGUUCAGUAUGCAAUUGGUCGGUCAGAUACAGUUGCCCCUGGCACAGGAAUUGACCUGGAGUUUGAUGCAGAUGUCCAGACUAUGUCCCCAGAGGCUUCAGAGUAUGAAACAUGCUAUGUCACAUCCCAUAAAGGACCAUGUCGUGUAGCUACCUAUAGUAGAGAUGGGCAGUUAAUAGCUACUGGAUCUGCUGACGCUUCCAUAAAAAUACUUGACACAGAAAGAAUGUUGGCCAAAAGUGCCAUGCCAAUAGAGGUCAUGAUGAAUGAGACUGCACAGCAGAACAUGGAAAACCACCCAGUGAUUCGAACUCUUUACGACCACGUGGAUGAAGUCACGUGUCUUGCUUUCCACCCAACAGAACAGAUCCUUGCCUCUGGUUCAAGGGAUUAUACUCUUAAAUUAUUUGAUUAUUCCAAACCAUCUGCAAAAAGAGCCUUCAAAUACAUUCAGGAGGCCGAAAUGUUACGCUCCAUCUCUUUUCAUCCUUCUGGAGACUUUAUACUUGUUGGAACGCAGCAUCCUACUCUUCGACUUUAUGAUAUCAACACAUUUCAGUGCUUUGUCUCUUGCAAUCCUCAAGAUCAACACACUGAUGCCAUAUGUUCCGUUAAUUACAAUCCUAGUGCCAAUAUGUAUGUGACUGGCAGCAAGGACGGCUGCAUCAAAUUGUGGGAUGGUGUUUCAAAUCGAUGCAUCACAACUUUUGAGAAAGCACACGACGGUGCUGAAGUUUGUUCUGCCAUUUUUUCCAAAAAUUCAAAAUACAUUCUGUCAAGUGGAAAAGACUCUGUAGCUAAACUUUGGGAAAUAUCAACAGGACGAACCCUGGUCAGAUACACAGGCGCUGGCUUGAGCGGACGGCAGGUGCACCGGACGCAGGCCGUCUUCAACCACACGGAGGACUACGUGCUGCUGCCCGACGAGAGGACCAUCAGCCUCUGCUGCUGGGACUCGAGGACGGCCGAGCGCCGCAACCUGCUCUCGCUGGGCCACAACAACAUCGUGCGCUGUAUCGUGCACUCGCCCACCAACCCCGGCUUCAUGACCUGCAGCGACGACUUCAGGGCGCGGUUUUGGUACCGGAGGUCAACCACGGACUAGAGCCGCCGCCGGCGUUCACUAGGGUUCUUUUCUCGAGGACUCUGCCCCUCCUUCCCCUUGUGUCCCGUCAUCAGCUUCAGUAGUAAGUCAUUGUACCAUCUUUGGCAGUUGUGCUGCCACCUCUGCGUCCUUCUGGGAUUUGUAUGAAAGAAUCUUUUUUUACCUUGAUGGAGAAUCAUGGUGGAAAAAGUUGGAAUCACAGAUCUGUGCAGUUGUUCUGCAGUCACUGAUUAUUACAGUGUGAUUUUCAUCAGUUUUGCAAAUACAGGACUUGCUCUUUCCCUUGAUCAUUUGAAGAAGGAUAGAGUAUUCAAGUGCUUUCUAGAUCUCAAGUGGAUCUGUCAUGACGAAUGUUCAUUUGGAUAUUUUGUCAACUUUUGUGCCUGUUUUACAUCCCCUUUGUACAUUUCCUUUCAAAAUACAUUUUGGCAGAUAUGGGGGCAUAUGGCUCUGAGAAUCCAGAGUUUUAUGCCAUAUUAAAACCAUUUUAGAAAAUCGGUAGUAUCAAUUCUAUCCUAAAGUGACGACAUUCUGAUAAUCAAGUUCAGAUCUGCGACGUUACUGUUGACACAUUUUUCACUUCAGUGAAAGUAGUGGCCAGCUUUUCCUGAAGAUUUAUAGGAGGUAUAUCUCCCAUCACACGUCCCACAUUAUCCUUUCACAACCUAAAAUGCUUGUCUUCAGUAAAUGUGUUCUGAUGAGAUGAUUACCAUUUGAUAGGAAACAUUGAAAGUACAUCCAGUGUAAUCACAAUUCGGUGAGCCCGCUGUUGCUCUCAUCAUCAGGAAUGAUGACUGUCGAUUGACUUUGUUCUUAGGUAAUUUUAAAUCUUAUUUUUCAGUUCCCUUCAGCAUGAGCCAUAGCUACUCAUCGUGGAUACACCCAGCAGCUGCAUUCAGAAGAUUUUUUUUUUUUUUUUUUUUUUGCAAUUAACGAACUAAUACAGGUUUUCUUGUUCUUGAAACUUUUUAGGCAGUGACAGUAGUUCUCUGGAUUCAACUCUAGCUAGGUCAGAGAGCCCUGAGCUCCUCUUACAGAGAGAAACUUUGGUUUAUCAUUAUCUCCCACUACAAAUACCUCAUGGUCUGGGUAGGAGUACCUAGAAAUACAGUCUGAAAUCAUUUGAUAAAGAUAUUAAAUAUAUUAAAGUAAUUGGUUUCUGUUAUAGGAAUUUUAUAGUCUUCUGAAGUUUAUUGUAUAAAA